AUGUGGAUGCUGCAGUCCAUCUUGCUCUGUUUACCCUUGUCUCUUGCUUUGAGUGGCCCCCAGAAGCCCGAGGCACCAGAUUAUCCUGGUGAACUACAUUGUGGGCUACGAAGUCUUCAGUUCACCAUAAACCUGAGCCAGGAGACAGCAGCUCCUACACUGAUAGCCUGGGACAACCACGGGCUGCCACACAGGCUGCAGAAUGACUCUGGCUGUGGUACCUGGCUAAGGGAGGGCCCAGGCAGCUCCAUGGUGCUAGAAGCCUCUUACAGCGGCUGCUAUGUCACCGAGUGGGUAAGGACGACCCAAUCGCCAGGAAUGCUGCGAACCCCUGCACCACCAGCAGGGGUGACUCCCCAGGAUCCCCACUAUAUCAUGCUACUUGGAGUUGAAGGAGCAGAUGUGACUGGACACAGCACGGUUACAAAGACAAAGCUGCUCAAGUGUCCUGUGGAUCCCCCAGCCCUAGAUGCUCCAAACGCUGACCUGUGUGACUCUGUCCCAGUGUGGGACAGGCUGCAAUGCGCUCCUUCACCUAUCCGUCAAAGAGACUGUGAGAAGGUUGGUUGCUGCUACAAUUUGGAGGCUAAUUCCUGUUACUAUGGAAACACAGUGACGUCCCACUGUACCCAAGAUGGCCACUUCUCCAUUGCCGUAUCUCGGAAGGCGACCUCACCCCCGCUGCUCUUAAAUUCUGUGCGCUUGGCCUUCAGGAAUGACCAUGAAUGCACCCCUGUGAUGGCAACACAUACCUUUGCCAUCUUCUGGUUUCCAUUCAAUUCCUGUGGUACCACAAGACGGAUCAUUGGAGACUGGGUAGUAUAUGAAAAUGAGCUGGUCGCAGCUAGAGAUGUGAGAACUUGGAGCCAUGGUUCUAUCACCCGGGACAGUAUUUUCAGGCUUCGCGUCCGCUGCAGCUACUUGAUCAGCAGCAGUGCCUCCCAGGUUCAUGUCCAGAUCUUUACACUCCCACCACCCCUUCCUGAAACACAGGCCGGACCCCUUACUCUGGAACUCAAGAUUGCCAAAGAUAACCGCUAUGAAUCCUACUACACUGCCAGUGACUACCCAGUGGUGAAGCUGCUUCGGGAUCCCAUUUACGUGGAGGUGUCUAUCCGCCACAGAACAGACCCCCACCUGGGUCUGUUCCUCCAGCACUGUUGGGCCACACCCAGCACAAACCCCCUGCAUCAGCCCCAGUGGCCCAUGCUGGUGAAAGGGUGCCCCUAUGCUGGAGACAACUAUCAGACGCAGCUGAUCCCUGUCCAGAAAGCCCUGGAUCCUCCAUUUCCAUCUCACUACCAGCGUUUCAGCAUUUUCACCUUCAGCUUUGUGGACUCAGUGACAAAGAAGGCACUCGGAGGACCGGUGUACCUACACUGUAGUGCGUCCAUCUGCCAGCCUGCUGGGACACCAUCCUGUACGAUAACCUGUCCUGUUGCCAGGAGAAGAAGAAACUCCAACAUCCAUUUUCAUAACCAUACUGCUAGCAUUUCUAGCAAGGGUCCCAUGAUCCUACUCCAAGCCACUAAGGACUCCUCAGAAAAGCUCCAUAAAAAACCAAGUUAUUCUGGAAGGUUAUUCCAGCCCAUUACUCUGACUUCUGAACUCCUGUAG